UGGUUGGGCGUAUAAAACACGGCUAAACCGCAGAGCAUUUUUCAGUAGCUUGUUGCGCUUCGACUCCAACAGAGCAGUCAAGUAUUUUUGAUUACCCUAGAUCCCACCAAGCGUAAAAUGGAUUUAUACUACAGACCCGGAUCUGCUCCCUGCCGCUCUGUUCUGAUGACAGCCAAGGCACUGGGUGUGGAGUUCGAUAAGAAGACCAUUAUCAACACCCGAGCUGGGGAGCAAUUCAAGCCGGAAUAUCUGAAGAUCAAUCCGCAGCACACGAUCCCCACGCUGCAUGAUAACGGAUUUGCGCUGUGGGAGUCGCGGGCCAUUAUGGUUUAUCUGGUGGAGAAGUACGGCAAGGACGACAAGCUCUUCCCCAAGGAUGUGCAAAGGCAGGCUUUGAUCAAUCAGCGCUUGUACUUCGAUAUGGGCACGCUGUACAAGAGCUUCUCCGAGUACUACUAUCCGCAGAUUUUUCUAAAGAAGCCUGCCAACGAGGAGAACUAUAAGAAGAUCGAGGUGGCCUUCGAGUUCCUCGAUACUUUCCUGGAGGGGCAGACCUACAGCGCCGGAGAGGAUUACAGCUUGGCCGAUAUUGCCUUCCUGGCCACCGUUUCCACUUUUGAGGUGGCAGGCUUUGACUUCAAGCGGUAUGCCAAUGUGGCACGUUGGUACGAGCAGACCAAGAAACUGACAGCGGGUUGGGAAGAAAACUGGGCUGGUUGCCAGGAGUUCCGCAAGUACUUUGAUAACUGAAUAUACAAGUCUUCUAACAUUGCGUUAGCUGCUUCUAAGCCUGAAAUGCUGAUAACGCAUUUAUUAAAGUGGGUUUAUUUAGAGAUAAACACAUAUUUUUGAAUGAUUUUUAAGGACAUUUUUACUUUACUAAAACUGAGUUGGAUUAUAACAUAAUAAACAUGUAUAGCUUUA